UAAGGUCACGGUGUCUGUAAUGAUUUGGUGUUGACAUCGUUGAGAUCGUGACCAAAGACAUGGCGUGUUUGGCGAGUGGCAACGGGAGGGAAAAAUAGACAACAUUUAGCCUAGUAGCAUUUGCAUGGACCAAGUUUAACGUUAGCGAUGUGUUGUUCACCCAGUCGGCAAAAUACCAAAUGCUAGUUUGCUUAGAGUGAAGGCAGGAAGAGUCGGCAUGUGAGAGAUGCCAUCAUCUAUUUCAGAAAACACAUUCCAACGUGUACUACCCGUACACACGGACGUUUGUUUGCGUUACUUUAGGAAGCUAUCUACGUGCUGUAUCAAUGGCAAUUUGCUAGCUCACUAGCAGCGGUCCGCAUACCAAACUUUUGAUAAACCUGAGGUAAACACUGUGCUUCCCCAUUUCCCUGCCCUACCACUUGGUGCAUUCCCCUUGUCAGCGGCCAUGCCGGGUGGAGUGGACAACGGUGACUUUCUGGGGAGCCUGCCUGCCAUUGCCUCCCUGAAUGCGUCCUACUCGCAGGCCUCUCUGUCCCUUCCACCUCCAUACUACCUACCCCCCCGGAAGACCAUCUCGGACGUGCGCCGCACCUUCUGCCUCUUCGUCACUUUCGACCUCCUCUUCAUCUCCCUACUGUGGAUCAUCGAGUUGAAUAUCAAUAAGAACAUUUGGGACAGUCUCCAGAAUGAGGUCAUCCAGUACAACUUCAAGUCCUCCUUCUUUGACAUCUUUCUCCUUGCCCUUUUCAGGUUUUUGUGUUUGCAACUGGGGUAUGCUGCUUGUCGGCUAAAGCAUUGGUGGAUCAUUGCGAUCACCACUCUAGUGACCAGUGCCUUUCUCGUUGCCAAAGUCAUCCUUUCAGAUCUGUUCAACAGGAAUGCCUUUGGCUACGUGCUGCCCAUCACCUCGUUUGUGGUGGCCUGGCUGGAGACCUGGUUCCUGGACUUCAAAGUCCUCACCCAGGAGGCCGAGGAUGAGAGGGCGUAUCUGGCUGCAGUGCAAGCAGCCUGUGAGCGCGCCCCUAUGAUCUACCCCAGAGCCGUGUCUGAUGGACAGUUCUACUCCCCACCAGAGUCUCUGGCAGGCUCUGAAGAGGAGCUUGAUGAAGACGGUGCGGGGAGGAAGGCUGUGACCGCACAGGAGAAGGAGUUUGUCAGGCAAGGGAGGGAAGCCAUGACAGUGGUGGAACAGAUACUCUCUCAGGAGGAGAACUGGAAGUUUGAGAAGAACAAUGAUAUAGGGGACUCCGUGUACACCCUGGAGAUACCCUACCAUGGAAAAACAUUCAUCCUCAAGGCCUUCAUGCAGUGUUCUGCAGAACUGGUAUAUCAGGAGGUGAUUCUACAACCAGAGAAAAUGGUACAGUGGAAUAAGACAAUAUCAGCUUGUCAGAUAUUACAGAGAGUAGAUGAUAAUACUCUGAUCUCGUAUGAUGUCUCUGCGGGAGCAGCAGGGGGCGUAGUUUCACCCAGGGACUUUGUAAACGUCCGUCGGGUGGAGCGCAAGAGAGAUUGCUACAUCUCUGCCGGCAUGGCAACCACCCACGAAGUGAAACCUCCACAUAGUCGCUUUGUCAGGGGAGAGAACGGCCCAGGUGGAUUUGUGGUUCUGAAGUCCACCAGCAAUCCUUCAGUGUGUACUUUUAUCUGGAUCUUAAACACUGAUCUGAAGGGUCGUCUGCCACGUUACCUCAUCCACCAGUCUCUGGCCGCCACCAUGUUUGAGUUCAUGGCUCACCUGCGCCAGCGCAUCACAGAUCUGCGCGGCGCCUACCGGUGACUCUGAGCUGGAGGCCGCGCUGCACGGCUCCUCCGCAGGCCGGGAGGAGAUACUGCACCCUCUGGAAACACCCAGCGGGAACUCAGAGUGGACAGGGUCGUUUUCGGAGACUCAUGUUCAAAGUUGGGACUCACAUGUGAACUGAACUAAUAUGGACAGAAGAAGAGAACCCUAAUCUCACAGGACACUCGCUACACACUUUGACUGGACCUAAACGUUGGACGCUUGGUUCCAAAAACAGACUGACUCUCUGAACUCACCCAGCAUGGCUCUUGGUCAUGGGAAAGAUGAAGAUCAUCUGUGGGAUCACUCUUCCUCUCAUUUUCUUUUGCCACAUUCUAUAUUCUCUUGCUCUCUCUUUUCUUGCCUCCCCCUUUCUAUCUCAUCUUAAUUGAGAUGGUUCUUUGCGUCAAGGAGGUGGUCUGUAAACCAUGCCAGACCACUGAGAGCGCCCCCUACAGGCUGCAUGGAACUCAGUCUAGUCACUCACACUCAAGACUGCUUCGCCAUGCUGCUGGCAAGGACGUGUCCUCGCACCCUUUCAAGGUCACAAGGCAACAAUUAUAUAUGGACUCCGAGCCUUGGCUGCCUUUAUCUAUGCUUUGUUGAAGCUAUACCUGUCUGUCUGUCUGUCUUCUUUGUACUUAGUUUCUCCCUUUGCACCUUCUGAGAGGGGGCUGCUGCCAUCAUGUGAUCCGCAUGCCUGAGCGCCCAAUGAGAGCUCAAUUAGCUCAUCAGCCUCUCGCUGUCCUCUGAGGCCCACAUGACCUCCAUGUGAUGCUUCCACACUCUCCUCACGUCACUGUGUUGAACAGGAGCAGCACCUCUCCGCUGCACCCAGCCUCUGGGGUAGUGCCUGUCCACUCCUCACACAGUGAGACUGCCUUACGGAAGCAUGAACCAAGCCACGCAGACACACACACAUACACAGGACAGGUUGGUGAAGUUAGUGACGUUCUGGUGCCAUUGCUUAGGUUUGACUGAAAUAUGACUGUGGUGCAUAUAACCAACUCUGUGCUGUAAGAAAGACCCAGAGCCUAUGUCUGCAAUUGACUAAUGUCUACAGACUAAUGUCUAUCAUUUUCAAAGAUUUCAAAGAGCUAACAAGAAAUAAAAUGUCUUAAUGUUUUUUCAUGCGGGCUAACAACAUUGUUCUUUAAGCAAUGCUGUCAAAAAAACUAGCAACUUACAUAAUGCUGUGGCCACAUCACAGGCAACUGUCACCAGACGAUGCACUUGUUUCUUUCUCUAAUCUGGAAAAUCCGACUGACUGACCAUAACAGGCAUGACCGUAGUCUCAUUAACAUUACGGUCGCAAGUGUAACAAGCAUUUCAGCCUCCCCUGCUACACUCUAUCUGUGGCUGUCAAGUGGAAGUGGAUGUGGUUCGCCUCACCAAGACGGACAACAGUGAGAUGAUGAGUUUGUUCUUAUUUGCUGUGUGGAGGGAUGAUGGGGCUGCUAUAGUCUGUGGACCGGGCACUCUAUGAUUUGGUCACGUCACUUGACUUGUCAUGAAGGUGUUUACUGCAGACGGGCGUGUGAACCUGUGGUGCAGAGUUGGACAAGACUGGCCUUCACCAGCAGCAGAAUGUCUUUUAUUUGUGUGCGUGUUUUUAAGGGGCGUCGGGGUGGGGGGGGCUGUAACGUUCUGGUGUUUUUGCAGGGAAUGUUUUGUUGUGCCUUCCUCACUGUGUACAUCAUGUUUUGGAACUGAAAAAAUAUCAAUGAAGUUGCAGCAUAGAUUUUUCAUUUUUUCAAUGUUAGGAUUUAAAAUUGUUUUUUUUUGUUGUUUUUUUGGCUAUGCCUAUUUGUUUGUAAAAGAUACUGUAGUCUAUUUAAUUUUUUAUGAUUAUAUUACUCUUGAGGGAAAGUGCUUGAUAGCCAUUUCCACCAGUCUUAUAACCUGACGACAUAAUUUUAAAUAAAAUAAAAUAAAACCUAUAAUUCAAACUGUUAAUAAAAAAUUAAAUAUGAA